AUGGGGCCUCCCUGAUGUUUAAAGUGCCUCCGGUGAUUCUGAUCUGUAUCCAGCGCUAAGCAGCCAAGCUCUGGGUCCUCCACUCACGAGGCUGAGUGAUCGGGGGACAGGAUUGACUUCUCAAGAUCGAUCUUGUUUGAGGAAGAAACCUGGAAGAGGAGGAACAGGAAAGAGAAGGGGUCAGGAAUGGCUCUGUCUCAGAGAUCAUUGACAUUCAGGGACGUGGCCAUCGAGUUCUCCCAGGAGGAGUGGGAGUGCCUGGACCCUGCUCAGAGGGCCUUGUACAGGGACGUGAUGUUGGAGACCUGCAGGAACCUGCUCUCCCUGGACAUGUAAAAGUUUAUCCUACCAAUAUCCAGUGGUGCUCCAGCUCAUACAAAGACCAAAGAGGAAUCUUGAUCAUGACCAUAACUCUUGGUUAUCUGCCCCCAUGAUCUCUUUGAUAUCUCCAUUAGGUUUAUGACCGAGGAAUUACUACUGAAGAAAGACAUUAAUAAUAGAGAAUUACAUCAGCUAGUGGUCUUGGGAAGACGUGGAAGCCAUGGUAUUGAAGAUUUUGAUCUCAGGGAAUUCUGGGG